AUUUGUAAUGCACAUUUCACAUGUCGCCGACUUUGGCUUGAGCUCUGAUAUUGUUUUCUUCCUGUCUCUACCCGCUAUUCACUAUCCACACGACCUGCCCUCUUCUGCUCUCCAACGCACUAUGUGCUAACGGCCCAGACGACAGCCUAUCGCGGCCUGAGAGCAUAUCGACACAGCAACACAAAUCUCGCAUGCCAUCUGCAGCGCAAUCGCCAUUACUCGUUCCAGCAAUUCAAUCAAAGAGCGCGUACAACGUAGCGCAGACUACCGAGCAUGGGUCUUUUAGCGCUGGGAACGCCGCUCGCCUGGCCGGAAGCGCAGAAGGUCGCCGGACAAGUCAGAGAGUGGGGCAUUGAGCAACUAUUGGCGACAUGGAGACGAACCAAGGGCAAGGAACGCGAUGCCCUCCUCUGGGGAGAUGAGAUCGAGUACCUUGUCGUGACUUAUGAUGACGACAAGCGUCAGGUCCGACUCUCGCUACGCCAAGCAGAUAUUCUCGAGGCUUUGGCUAGCGAUGAGAAGCUCCUCGCCCAGGGUGGCGGCGUGGAUGAGAUCCAGCGUGGCUCAGUCAGAUCUGGCAAGACGGCGCCUGUUUUCCACCCCGAGUUUGGCCGUUUCAUGCUCGAGACUACACCCGGACGACCAUGGGGAAUUGACCUCAAAGAUCUACUUGACGUCGAGCCAGACAUGAAGUGGAGACGCACAAUCGCAAAGGAGCACAUGGAAGCUAGCGAAUUCCCCAUCACCCUGACCACCUUCCCGAGAUUGGGUGCCAAAGAGCGCUCCAUCACUCCCGAAUACCCCCUGAACGGCGACAAGUUGAGAUCGCAAUUCUUGCCCGACGAGAUUGCAAACCCCCAUAUUCGUUUCCCAACUCUGGCUGCGAACAUCCGCGCGCGCAGGGGUCGCAAGGUUGAGAUCAACGUGCCUGUUUACAAAGACGAGAAGACCACCUGGCCCUUCAACGACCCUACUGUCGAUUACGAUCUACACACUUGGCCCGAAGACGACGACGUUCGUAACGGAGCUGCAAAGGAGAACCACAUCUACAUGGACGCAAUGGCUUUCGGUAUGGGCAGCUGUUGUCUGCAGAUCACAUUCCAGGCAAAGAACAUUGACGAGGGUCGCAAGAUGUACGACCAACUCAGCCCCAUCGGUCCCAUUUUGCUCGCCUUGACCGCUGCCACUCCCAUCUACAAGGGUUUCUUGGCCGACACCGAUGUGAGAUGGAACCAGAUCAGCAGAGCUGUCGACGACAGGACACCCGAGGAGCUGGGCGAAAAGCCAUUGAGAAACUCGAGGUGGCAGAUUCCUAAAUCUCGAUACGCCUCCAACUCCACAUACAUCGCUCAAGAUCCACGCCUACGCAAGGAGUAUUUCGAUCCUAACCUUGUAGUUGAUCAGGACUUGAAGCGGAAACUCGUAGACGGUGGCAUGGACGACCUGUUGGCCACCCACUUUGCCCAUCUCUUCAUUCGCGAUCCUAUUGUCGUCUUCAACGAGGAUCUAAAGGAGCUGGAUCUGAACAAGGUCGACCAUUUCGAGAACUUGCAAUCCACCAACUGGCAGCACAUGCGCUUCAAACCGCCGCCACCGGGCAAUGACAUUGGCUGGCGUGUCGAAGUCAGACCGAUGGAGAUCCAGAUCACCGAUUUUGAGAAUGCUGCAUUCUCGGUCUUUGUCGUUCUUAUUACCCGCGCAAUUCUCAGUUUCGACCUCAACUUCUAUAUCCCUAUCGAAAAGACGACCGAAAAUAUGGAAACGGCACAUGCGCGUAACGCAGUUUUGGAAAAGAAAUUCUGGUUCCGUAAGAAUCCCUUCCCGGCAACGAGACAGCCUCGAUCAGGUACUUCGACACCGACACAAUUUUCACGUCCUCCCAGCCCGACCUCACCGGUCGAAGACGAGUACGAGCUCAUGACUGUCAAUGGAGUCAUGAACGGCAAAGCAGAUGGUUUCCCAGGCUUGAUUCCUCUGGUUGAACGCUACCUCUCCAGUAUCAAUGUAGACGUCGAGAUCCGCUGCGAAAUGGCCAAAUAUCUAAAACUCAUCCGCCAACGUGCAACAGGUGAGCUUUGGACCGCUGCCAAAUGGAUCAGACAUUUCGUUGCCGAGCACAAGGAAUAUCAGAAAGAUAGUGUGGUUGGCGAAGGCAUUACAUAUGAUCUUGUCAAGGCUGUUGAGCAGAUGACUGUCAAUGAAGGUAAAGAUGGACUGGGUGUGGAGAUGUUGGGGGAUAGGAAGUGAGGGACCUGAAGAAGGAGGGGGGGGGGGGGGGGC